AGCCUGGCCCAGCUGGAGAACCUGUGCAAGCAGCUCUAUGAGACCACGGACACGGGCACGCGCCUGCAGGCCGAGAAGGCGCUGGUGGAGUUCACCAACAGCCCCGAGUGCCUGAGCAAGUGCCAGCUGCUGCUCGAGAGGGGCAGCUCCUCCUACUCGCAGUUGCUGGCGGCCACCUGCCUUACCAAACUGGUGUCGCGCACAAACAACCCCCUGCCCCUGGAGCAGCGCAUCGACAUCCGGAAUUAUGUGCUGAACUACCUGGCCACGAGGCCGAAGCUGGCGACGUUCGUGACGCAGGCGCUGAUCCAGCUCUACGCCAGGAUCACCAAGCUGGGCUGGUUCGACUGCCAGAAGGACGAGUACGUCUUCAGGAACGCCAUCAACGACGUCACCAGGUUCCUGCAG